UUCAGGAGGGCUGCUAACUCAUUCUUCCUGUUCAUUGCACUGCUGCAGGUUGGUCUAAGUAAUUAUAUAGUAUAUUUUGCACAUUUCAGCACUGUUUAGAAGACAGAAAUUCUCACCUAUCAGACACACAAAUCGUGGUUGUUAAAUGGAUAGUUAACUUUUUUUUAGGUUUUACCUUAUUAAUCGACUUAACCCUUUUUUACCAAACCUUAGGUAACUAUCACUUUAAGACACUGACUAACUAUGUCUGCAUUCUCCCUUCUCCUGGUAGCAAAUUCCGGAUGUUUCUCCGACAGGACGGUGGACUACCCUGGUUCCCUUGAUCCUCAUCCUGUUGGUGGCAGCCCUGAAGGAGAUCGUUGAGGAUCUGGUGAGGACCAUAGAACUAGAAUGACAUUUAAAUAUAUCUCCGUUAUGUGUCUGCUCUCUGAAAACGUGUCUGAAAGUCGUUCUUCUACUCGCUGACCGUGCAGCUUUUGAUUUUCUUGAAACUGAUUCCAUAGAAAGGUCCUUUUGGAGGAAGGAUGCUUGACAUGUAAUAAAGCUAGUGGACAGAGCAAAUUUCACUUUUUGAAUGUUCUUUCCAACAGAAACGUCACAAAGCAGACAGGGUGGUCAACAGGAAGGAGGCCCAAGGUAAGAAACGGUUGAAAUGAUAUCUCCAUUACUGCUUUUCAAACAGGUGUAGGUUAUUGGACAGAUUUUAGUAUCAGGAUUUGCUAACAUAGUUCUCUCUUGUCUCCCCCUCUCCUCUCUUCUUCCCGUUUCCCUAUUUCUUCCCUGUCUCUCUCUUUGUCAGUUCUGAGAAAUGGAGCGUGGGAGACAGUUCACUGGGAGAAGGUAUGUCGCUCAGUCUCAGGCCAGAGGCAGGUAUUUUCUACUUACUUUCUCUGCCUUCAGAUGGACUAAAUCCUAAUUGAUGUCUAGUGAUUCAAUGGUUAAGUUGAGCCACAGUCUCUCACUGAAUAGGGUGUACAUUUAAGUUGUCAUAUUUUAAGUGGCCUAGUAGUUUAUUCUUCAUUAGGGGGGGGAGAGACUUAAGAUUCAGACCUAGCUACUGAUUGAAACACAUGUAUUUCACGGGUUCAGAAGAAAAACAGCAUUGGUUGUAUGUGUUUAUCUAUAUCAUGUCUAGUAACUACUGUAGUGUUCUUUGCAGGUAGAGGUGGGGGAUGUAGUCAAAUUAAUUGGGAGAGAAUACAUCCCUGCAGACUCAGUCGUGCUGUCCUCCAGGUAGUGCUAUAAACAGAGACGGUAGUUUGAUGUGGUUAGCGUGAGGGCCAGUACUAUGCUUCUUUGCUUUAGGCUUCAGUAACCACUCUCCCAGCUUCAGUAGGUCACACUAUCUGUGUUAGUUGUUCUGAUGUCUUGUUUUGAAGUAGUCUCUAUCUCUUCCUCUUCCUCUCCUCUUCCCUCCGUUCCCUGUGUUCUGUCUGUCAAUGUGUCUGUCUGUCUGUCUGUGUGCCCAUGUUUCUGCCCCCUACCCCGACCGUUCCCUGGUCGCUCCUGGUACGUUCUUUUGCGGGUAACUUAGGUGACGGUCGGGGACGUAGUCAGAUCCAGCGACGGGGACCACCUCCCGGCGGACCUCGUCCUGCUGACGUCCAGGUCAGGGGUCUAGUAGUCUACUGGCUAUGGGGCCAAAAAAUCAAACCCAUUGGUACAGUGUUGCACCUAUCACCUUUUGACUAGCCCGUGUGGUUGUAAAGGACACAAGGGGGACAAAAAAAGGAUCCUACUUAAUUCUCAUUGCCAAAUGCCCCGUGUCAUACUUGAAUCCUUGUGAGCGGGACUACCCCCCUUGUUCUCUGUCUGUACCAGGCACUCAUCCCUUCCUCCUUACAUUACUGUCUAAAGUGAAAGGUCUAUCUAUGUGUUUUACUGAUAAUAAACCUAGCUAUUAGACCAGAGAGCACUCGUCUCGGAGUUUAGUACUUUACUGUCUCCCCAGUGCUAUGGCGACAGUAGCAUCGCUGUUCUCUCCCUGGAUCUCUUUUCUUCCCCAAUCUCUUUCCCUGUUGUUAGAUCACACCUGGACCAUUAUAGAUACCUUCUAGAUUGUUUGACAGUCACUAUCUUUCCACCAGCGAGCCACAUGCUAUGUGCUACAUCGAGACCUCGAAUUUAGACGGGGAGACCAACCUAAAGAUCCGACAGGUGAAGGUUCUUAAUUCAUCCACACACACACACACACACACACACACACACACAACACACACACAAAUACACACACAACACACACACACAUACACACACAACACACACACACACACACACACACAAAAACAUACCACUUAUUACGUUACAUUGUGGCCCAGAUAGGAGGAUUCAGCUCAUCAACUCACCCCUGCAUCUCUUCCUCCUCCUUCCUCCAACCAGGGUCUCCAGGUCACAGCGGAGGACAAGGAUGCUGAUAGUCUGUCGCGGCUGAGCGGGCGCAUGGAGUGCGAAAACCCCAAUCGCCACCUCUACGACUUUGUGGGCGUCAUCCGAUUAGAGGGUCAUAGGUGAGAGAGAUCUACCUGUCUAUCAAUCAGUUAUAUCUAUAUAGGUCCUAGCCCUUUCUACAGCAACAGUAACCUAGCCUAGACCCCCAUCGAGCAUUCAGCAGCACAGUGGCCAAGGAAAAGUUUCCACCCUCUGACACAGCUUAAAUAGUCAGUGUGAAUCGCUAAUUCCUAGGGUUGCAAAAAUCCGGUAGCUUUCCCAAAAUUCCCAGGUUUUCCCAAGGAAUCCUCCAACUAGUAUUUCUGGAAACCUGGGCAUUUUGGGAAAGUUCCUGAAAUGUUGCAACCCUACUAAUUCCGUCUCUCUAACCCCUGAUGUCCCCCGAUCCGUUCUCCCCAGUCCCGUCCCUUUGGGUCCGGAGCAGAUCCUUCUCCGUGGGGCCCGGCUCCGGAACACCCAGUGGGUCCACGGCAUGGUGGUGUACACGGGCCACGACACCAAGCUGAUGCAGAACAGCACACGGCCUCCGCUCAAGCUGUCCAGCGUGGAGCGCAUCACCAACACCCUGAUCCUGGCGCUGUUCGGCUGCCUGCUGGCAAUUUCCCUGGUCUGUUCGGCCGGACAGACCCUCUGGAAGACCCAGCACGGGGACUUCGCCUGGUACAUGGACCUCAACUGUGAGUACUUAACUUUUCUUUAUGUUACCUUACUUUACGUUAUGUUACUUUACGUUGAGUUACUUUUCGUUAAGUUACUUUAUGUUAAAUUACUUUAUGUUAUGCUAUUUUACAUUAUACUACUUUAUGUGAAAUUACUUUAUGUUAAAUUACUUUAUGUAAUGCUACUUUAUGUAAUGCUACUUUACGUUGUGUUACUUUACGUUAAGUUACUUUAUGUUAAAUUACUUUACGUUAUGCUACUUUACGUUAUACUACUUUACAUUAUGCUAACUUUACGUAAUUCUACUUUACUUUACGUAAUGCUACUUUAUUUUACUUUACGUUACUUUAUUCUAUUAGUACAAUGUGAUGUAGGAUGUAUACGAUCAUGGAGGCACUUUAAAUCAGACUGAUAUUUGGUUGAAGUCGGAGGUUUACAUACACCUUAGCCAAAUACAUUUAAACUCAGUUUUUCACAAGUCCUGACAUUUAAUCCUAGUAAAAAUUCCCUGUCUUAGGUCAGUUAGGAUCACCACUUUAUUUUAAGAAUGUGAAAUGUCAGAAUAAUAGUAGAGAGAAUGAUUUAUUUAAGCUUUUAUUUAUUUCAUCACAUUCCCAGUGGGUCAGAAGUUUACAUACACUCAAUUAGUAUUUGGUAGCAUUGCCUUUAAAUUGUUCAACUUGGGUCAAACGUGUCGGGUAGCCUUCCACAAGCUUCCCACAAUACGUUGGGUGAAUUUUGGCCCAUUCCUCCUGACAGAGCUGGUGUAACUGAGUCAGGUUUGUAGGCCUCCUUGCUCGCACACGCUUUUUCAGUUCUGCCCACACAUUUUCUAUAGGAUUGAGGUCAGGGCUUUGUGAUGGCCACUCCAAUACCUUGACUUUGUUGUCCUUAAGCCAUUUUGCCACAACUUUGGAAGUAUGCUUGGGGUCAUUGUCCAUUUGGAAGACCCAUUUGCGACCAAGCUUUAACUUCCUGACUGAUGUCUUGAGAUGUUGCUUCAAUAUAUCCACAUCAUUUUCCUUCCUCAUGAUGCCAUCUAUUCUGUGAAGUGCACCAGUCCCUCCUGCAGCAAAGCACCCCCCACAGCAUGAUGCUGCCACCCCUGUGCUUCACGGUUGGGAUGGUGUUCUUCGGCUUGUAAGCACACCCUUUUUCCUCCAAACAUAACGAUGGUCAUUAUGGCCAAACAGUUCUAUUCUUGUUUCAUUAGACCAGAGGACAUUUCUCCAAAAAGUAUGAUCUUUUGUCCCCAUGUGCAGUUGCAAACCGUAGUUUGGCUUUUUUAUGGCGGUUUUGGAGUAGUGGCUUCUUCCUUGCUGAGCGGCCUUUCAGGUUAUGUCGAUAUAGGACUCGUUUUACUGUAGAUAUAGAUACUUUUGUACAUUUUUCCUCCAGCAUCUUCACAGGGUCCUUUGCUGUUGUUCUGGGAUUGAUCUGCACUUUUCGCACCACAGUGCGUUCAUCUCUAGGAGACAGAACGCGUCUCCUUCCUGAGCGGUAUGAAGGCUGCGUUGUCCCAUGGUGUAUAUACUUGCGUACUAAUGUUUGUACAGAUGAACGUGGUACCUUCAGAUGUUUGGAAAUUGCUCCCAAGGAUGAACCAGACUUGUGGAGGUCUACAAUUAUUUUUCUGAGGUCUUGGCUGAUUUAUUUAGGGUUUCCCAUGAUGUCAAGCAAAGAGGCACUGAGGUUGAAGGUAGGCCUUGAAAUACACUGCUCAAAAAAUAAAGGGAACACUUAAACAACACAUCCUAGAUCUGAAUGAAUGAAAUAAUCUUAUUAAAUACUUUUUUCUUUACAUAGUUGGAUGUGCUGACAACAAAAUCACACAAAAAUUAUCAAUGGAAAUCAAAUGUAUCAACCCAUGGAGGUCUGGAUUUGGAGUCACCCUCAAAAUUAAAGUGGAAAACCACACUACAGGCUGAUCCAACUUUGAUGUAAUGUCCUUAAAACAAGUCAAAAUGAGGCUCAGUAGUGUGUGUGGCCUCCACAUGCCUGUAUGACCUCCCUACAACGCCUGGGCAUGCUCCUGAUGAGGUGGCGGAUGGUCUCCUGAGGGAUCUCCUCCCAGACCUGGACUAAAGCAUCCGCCAACUCCUGGACAGUCUGUGGUGCAACGUAGCGUUGGUGGAUGGAGCGAGACAUGAUGUCCCAGAUGUGCUCAAUUGAAUUCAGGUCUGGGGAAUGGGCGGGCCAGUCCAUAGCAUCAAUGCCUUCCUCUUGCAGGAACUGCUGACACACUCCAGCCACAUGAGGUCUAGCAUUGUCUUGCAUUAGGAGGAACCCAGCGCCAACCGCACCAGCAUAUGGUCUCACAAGGGGUCUGAGGAUCUCAUCUCGGUACCUAAUGGCAGUCAGGCUACCUCUGGCGAGCACAUGGAGGGCUGUGCGGCCCCCCAAAGAAAUGCCACCCCACACCAUGACUGACCCACUGCCAAACCGGUCAUGCUGGAGGAUGUUGCAGGCAGCAGAACGUUCUCCACGGCGUCUCCAGACUCUGUCACGUCUGUCACAUGUGCUCAGUGUGAACCUGCUUUCAUCUGUGAAGAGCACAGGGCGUCAGUGGUGAAUUUGCCAAUCUUCGUGUUCUCUGGCAAAUGCCAAACGUCCUGCACGGUGUUGGGCUGUAAGCACAACCCCCACCUGUGGACGUCGGGCCCUCAUACCACCCUCAUGGAGUCUGUUUCUGACCGUUUGAGCAGACACAUGCACAUUUGUGGCCUGCUGGAGGUCAUUUUGCAGGGCUCUGGCAGUGCUCCUCUUGCUCCUCCUUGCACAAAGGCGGAGGUAGCGGUCCUGCUGCUGGGUUGUUGCCCUCCUACGGCCUCCUCCACGUCUCCUGAUGUACUGGCCUGUCUCCUGGUAGCGCCUACAUGCUCUGGACACUAUGCUGACAGACACAGCAGACCUUGCCACAGCUCGCAUUGAUGUGCCAUCCUGGAUGAGCUGCACUACCUGAGCCACUUGUGUGGGUUGUAGACUCUGUCUCAUGCUACCACUAGAGUGAAAGCACCGCCAGCAUUCAAAAGUGACCAAAACAUCAGCCAGGAAGCAUAGGAACUGAGAAGUGGUCUGUGGUCACCACCUGCAGAACCACUUCUUUAUUGGGGGUGUCUUGCUAAUUGCCUAUCAUUUCCACCUGUUGUCUAUUCCAUUUGCACAACAGCAUGUGACAUUUAUUGUCAAUCAGUGUUGCUUCCUAAGUGGACAGUUUGAUUUCACAGAAGUGUGAUUGACUUGGAGUUACAUUGUGUUGUUUAAGUGUUCCCUUUAUUUUUUUGAGCAGUGUACAUCCACAGGUACACCUCCAAUUGACUCAAAUGAUGUCAAUUAGCCUAUCAGAAGCUUCUAAAGCCAUGACAUCAUUUUCUGGAAUUUUCCAAGCUGUUUAAAGGCACAGUCAACUUAGUGUAUGUAAACUUCUGACCCACUGGAAUUGUGAUACAGUGAAUUAGAAGUGAAAUAAUCUGUCAGUAAACAAUUGUUGGAAAUAUUACUUGUGUCAUGCACAAGUAGAUGUCCUAACCAACUUGCCAAAACUAUAGUUCGUUUACAAGAAAUUUGUGGGGUUUUAAUGACUCCAACCUAAGUGUAUGUGAACUUCCAACUUCAACUGUAUUAUUGUAUUAUACCAAUGUAAUGUUUGUAUCUGUAACUUGUGUUUGAUCCCAAUUUAGUACCCAGUAAAUAUCUGAUAUAUAAUCAUUUACAUUAACCAUUACCCUCUCAUUAAAUGUGAUGACAUUUGUUUUUAUCUCUUUACCACUGUACUCUUAACAGCUCCAGGUAACAACCUUUCUCAGAGGCCUGUAGAAAUGUUUUUGGUUGUAUCCCCCAGACGAGUGAAUUAGACCCCAUUCUUCAUUAAAAUAGAUUUUGUCUGAGAACAUAGAAGUAGAGCUGUAGAUUAUUUUAUAUGUGAAUUCCAUGGUAAAUAAUGUGCCUCGUGUGUACUAGCUAGUCAUGUUUUAAAUACUGUUUUAAACGGCAUACCGUAGUAAAACAAAAAUGAGUGUUCAGAACUAAAAAAAUGAGAACAACUCCCUGUUUGAACUCUGUUUUGCACCGUUUUAUCCCUAGUGAACAUGUCCCAGGUCUAAAGAAAGGGUUUGUUGUGGCACCUGACUUUCAGAUUAGAAUGAAGGUCAUUUCUCCCGUUCUGUGUAACUUGCUCUAACUCCUUCCUACCAGAUGGUGGCGCUGCCAACUUUGGCCUCAACUUCCUCACCUUCAUUAUCCUCUUCAACAACCUCAUCCCCAUCAGUCUGCUGGUCACCCUGGAGGUCAUCAAGUUCGUCCAGGCUUACUUCAUCAACUGGGUGGGGGAAAAAAAUCACUGCACUACACAGCCUCUAACUUGGUUUCUCAGAGCGGCAGUCAAUUUGAAUUUAAUUCUGGUAGCGAACACUCUUGAGUAGAAGUUUAAAUGGAAUAAUACCACAGGGGUAAAUGUAUUUACUUCAAAAAGCUUGGUGAGCAGUUUUGGCAAAUAUGGAAUUUGAUAUAGUAUACGUGAGCGAGCAUACAAAUGCUCGUACUAUGAUAGAUUUGGGAUAUUAAAUUUAUGCAAUGAAUUUCUCCACAUCUUGUUUGUGCUGCAAAGCCUAUUGGGGGAAGUGAAUGUGUUUGUGUUUGUUCAGGACAUGGACAUGCACUAUGAGCCUACGGAUACCUCUGCCAUGGCACGGACCUCCAACCUAAACGAGGAACUGGGCCAGGUCAAAUACAUCUUCUCUGACAAAACAGGCACCCUCACCUGCAACGUGAUGCAAUUUAAAAAGUGCACCAUCGCCGGAGUCGCUUACGGGUGAGAAGGACGUGCGUUAAUCCAACCAUAUAGGCAUGAAUUAGCAUUAAUAAUUCUACAGUACCUUGCAAAAUUAUUCACCCCCCUUGGCGUUUUUCCUAUUUUGUUGCAUUACAAGCAGUAAUUUAAAUUGAUUUUUAUUUGGAUUUCAUGUAAUGGACAUACACAAAAUAGUCCAAAUUGGUGAAGUGAAAUGAAAAAAAAUUACUUGUUUCAAAAAAUUAUACAAAAUAAAUAACGGAAAAGUGGUGCGUGCAUAUGUAUUCACCCCCUUUGCUAUGAAGGCCCUAAAUAAGAUCUGGUUAAAUAAAGUUAACCCGUGUGCAAUCUAAGUAUCACAUGAUCUGUCACAUGAUCUCAGUAUAUAUACACCUGUUCUGAAAGGCCCCAGAGUCUGUAACGCCACUAAGCAAGGGGCACCACCAAGCAAGCGGCACCAUGAAGACCAAGGAGCUCUCCAAACAGGUCAGGGACAAAGUUGUGGAGAAGUACAGAUCAGGGUUGGGUUAUAAAAAAAUAUCAAAAACUUUGAACAUCCCACGGAGCACCAUUAAAUCCAUUAUAAAAAAAUGGAAAGAAUAUGGCACCACAACAAACCUGCCAAGAGAGGGCCGCCCACCAAAACUCACGGACCAGGCAAGGAGGACAUUAAUCAGAGGCAACAAAGAGACCAAAGAUAACCCUGAAGGAGCUGCAAAGCUCCACAGCGGAGAUUGGAGUAUCUGUCCAUAGGACCACUUUAAGCCAUACACUCCACAGAGCUGGACUUUAUGGAAGAGUGGCCAGAAAAAAGCCAUUGCUUAAAGAAAAAAAUAAGCAAACACAUUUGGUGUUCGCCAAAAGGCAAGUGGGAGACUCCCCAAACAUAUGGAAGAAGGUACUCUGGUCAGAUGAGACUAAAAUUGAGCUUUUUGGCCAUCAAGGAAAAUGCUAUGUCUGGCGCAAACCCAACACCUCUCAUCACCCCGAGAACACCAUCGGCAGGGACUGGGAAACUGGUCAGAAUUGAAGGAAUGAUGGAUGGCGCUAAAUACAGAGAAAUUCUUGAGAGAAACCUUUCAGUCUUCCAGAGAUUUGGACUGCGACGGAGGUUCACCUUCCAGCAGGACAAUGAUCCUAAGUAUACUGCUAAAGCAACACUCGAGUGGUUUAAGGGGAAACAUUUAAAUGUCUUGGAAUGGCCUAGUCAAAGCCCGACCUCAAUCCAAUUGAGAAUCUGUGGUAUGACUUAAAGAUUGCUGUACACCAGCGGAACCCAUCCAACUUGAAGGAGCUGGAGCAGUUUUGCCUUGAAGAAUGGGCAAAAAUCCCAGUGCUAGAUGUGCCAAGCUUAUAGAGACAAAUCCCAAGAGACUUAUGCACGCUCAAGUUUUCAGUUUUUUUGUCUUAUUUCUUGUUUGUUUCACAAUUUUUAUUUAUUUUGCAUCUUCAAAGUGGUAGGCAUGUUGUGUAAAUCAAAUGAUACAAACCCCCCAAAAAUCAAUUUGAAUUCCAGGUUGUAAGGCAACAAAAUAGGACCAAUGCCAAAGGGGGGGAAUACUUUCGCAAGCCACUGUAUGUACUUUGCUAGAUAUGUAUCUCAUUGUAUUUUUAUUGUAGUGCUUAUCCACACAGUUAUGUGGUGUAGUACAGAUGUUUAUUCUCAUCUCAGUUGUAAACAUAUUUAAAAUAGUAGAUAAACCAAAAAUGUAAAUAUGUAACAUUUAGUUGUUUUUGUGUCUGAAAGGCACAACACAGACGGUCCUGAGGAAGAGGGCUUUGGUGAUCCAUCCUUACUGGAGAAUCUCCACAAUGAUCAUGUGAGUACAUAACGUUAGACUAUGUACUAGUUGUCAGUUUCAACAUUAUUAUUUUGAAUUUUUUUGUGUCAUGUAUUAAUUGUGUGUGUCCAGCUCACAGCUACCGUUAUCCAAGAGUUUCUGACCAUGAUGGCUGUGUGCCACACUGUUGUUCCUGAGAAGACUGAGGACACCAUAGUCUAUCAGGCAUCUUCCCCAGGUACACAGGUCUACAAUACCAUUCUCUAGCUCUCCAAUGCAUUGGAUUACACCUCUUCUACUAUAUUACACCUCUUCUACUAUAUUACACCUCUUCUACUAUAUUACACCUCUUCUACUAUAUUACACCUCCUCUUCUACUAUAUUACACCUCUUCUACUAUAUUACACCUCUUCUACUAUAUUACACCUCUUCUACUAUAUUACACCUCUUAUACUAUAUUACACCUCUUAUACUAUAUUACACCUCUUAUACUGUAUUACACCUCUUCUACUGAUAUUAACACCGCUUCUACUAUAUUACACCUCUUCUACUAUAUUACACCCUCUUCUACUAUACCCUUACACCUCUUUACUAAUUAAAGCCCUCGUCUAGUAGAUUACAAACCUCUUCUACGAUAUUACCCUACUGUAUUACCCUACCAUAUUACACACCUCUUCUACUAUAUUACACCUCUUCUACUAUAUUACACCUCUUCUACUAUAUUACACCUCUUCUACUGUAUUACACCUCUUCUACUGUAUUACACCUCUUCUAGUAUAUUACACCUCUUCUACUGUAUUACACCUCUUCUACUAUAUUACACCUCUUCUAGUAUAUUACACCUCUUCUACUAUAUUACACCUCUUCUACUGUAUUACACCUCUUCUACUAUGUUACACCUCUUCUACUAUAUAUGUUACACCUCUUCUACUAUAUUACACCUCUUCUACUAUAUUACACCUCUUCUAGUAUAUUACACCUCUUCUACUAUAUUACACCUCUUCUACUAUAUUACACCUCUUCUACUAUAUUACACCUCUUCUACUAUAUUACACCUCUUCUACUGUAUUACACCUCUUCUACUAUAUUACACCUCUUCUACUAUAUUACACCUCUUCUACUAUAUUACACCUCUUCUACUGUAUUACACCUCUUCUACUGUAUUACACCUCUUCUACUAUAUUACACCUCUUCUACUUAUUACACCUCUUCUACUAAUAUUACAACCUCUUCUAGUAUAUUACACCUCUUCUACUAUAUUACACCUCUUCUACUGUAUUACACCUCUUCUACUAUGUUACACCUCUUCUACUAUAUAUGUUACACCUCUUCUACUAUAUUACACCUCUUCUACUAUAUAUGUUACACCUCUUCUACUAUAUUACACCUCUUCUACUAUAUAUUGUAUACAACACUCUUCUACUAUAUUACACCUCUUCUACUAUAUUACACCUCUUCUACUAUAUUACACCUCUUCUACUAUAUUACACCUCUUCUACUAUAUUACACCUCUUCUACUAUAUUACACCUCUUCUACUAUAUUACACCUCUUCUACUAUAUUACACCUCUUCUACUAUAUUACACCUCUUAUACUAUAUUACACCUCUUCUACGUAUAUUACACCUCUUCUAGAUAUUACAACCUCUUCUACUAUAUACACCUCUUCUACUAUAUACACCUCUUCUACUAUAUUACACCUCUUCUAGUAUAUUAAACACCUCUUCUAGUAUAUUACACCUCUUCUAGUAUAUUACACCUCUUCUAGUAUAUUACACCUCUUCUACUAUAUUACACCUCUUCUACUAUAUUACACCUCUUCUACUAUAUUACACCUCUUCUACUAUAUUACACCUCUUCUACUAUAUUAUACCUCUUCUAGUAUAUUACACCUCUUCUACUAUAUUACACCUCUUCUACUAUAUUACACCUCUUCUACUAUAUUACACCUCUUCUACUAUAUUACACCUCUUCUACUAUAUAUAUUACACCUCUUCUACUAUUGCCUUUAUGACGUUGUACAGUUUCCUCUUUGAUUCUACACCUUCACUCCUGAAUAUGAACAUCCUCAACCACUUCAAGGUUACUUAUUAUGAUGUUUUCUUCCCCUGUCUAGAUGAAGGGGCCCUGGUGAGAGCAGCCAGCAGCCUGGGCUUUGUAUUCUCUGGACGAACCCCAGACUCAGUCAUCAUACACGCUGUAAGUGGAACCAACUUAUUAUGUUAUGUAGAAUUUGAGUAAAAACAAUGUUUGUUUGAAUCAGAGCCAUACAUUUUAGAUUAAAGGUUUGGAAUUCUAGCUGCUAUUAGUGCUGCAUAUUACUGUAUAGGAACACAUGGCAUUGUUUUGUCUUUGUUACAGCUGGGAACUGAGCAAAGGUUUGAGUUGCUGAAUGUCCUCGAAUUUACAAGGUAGUUUUUUGUAUGCAUUUGAUGAGUCUUGUAGAUGUCUUGAAGUGUCCCGUCUAUUGUCGGACUGUAUUUGACUCUUGGUUCUCUUUUGAAAAGCCGUAUCUUUUCUCAUUUUUUAGCGAUCGCAAAAGGAUGUCAGUCAUCAUGCGUACACCGUCCGGGCGGAUCCGACUUUACUGCAAAGGAGC